UUUUAAAUCAUUGAAGCAUGAAAACUUGAGCGAAUCUGGUGGCUGCAUCGCUAUAUCGCUCGGAUAUUCAUGGCUCUCCGAGGCAGAACGUCGCACGGAGCAGACGAAGGGGAAGAGCCGCUGGAAGAGAGAGGACGCGGCCGGGACAAGGAUUCGGUCACCGCGAAACGACGGACGACUUGCUGGGAUAUUCCACCCUGUGCGCUGGAAGCUAUGGCCACAGCAGCCGGCGAUAUGCCUAAAAAGGGACUGUGGCUAGGCAUGGCUAGCUGCAAUUCUGGCAGCUGUGACAGCAUGGCCAGCACGACCUCGAAUCGCUCUGAGCGCAGUGAUAACAGUUAUGACUACUUAUCUGUGGAAGAGAAAGAGCUGGAUGCAGAAGCAGACAGCGGCGUCUCUACCGAUGAGACUGACUCUGCUGAGCCUGCCAAGCUGCCAAGGACGUGGCCCAAGAGAGACUCUGGUCCCAGGGAUUUGGAAAAGGGGGCUCCCGCGCAAAGCACAGGCCAGCAGCGUGCAACCGAACAAAAAAGCGAACAAAAAGCGAGCGCCUUCUCCAGCUCUGCUCCGGCAGCGUUUUCAAGUCCGGGCUAUUACAGUCUUCCAAGGAAUAUCGCUGCAGCGAACGCGCAAAGAGCAAACAAAGCUUCUGACAGCAAAGCAACUGCCCACGCCAUGGGGGACCCAGUGCCAAAAGAGAAACCUUGGCAGGAGACGGCCAGGGAGGAAAGGCUGGAUCAAGCCAGCGCAAGAUCCCAGGCGAAGCCGCUGGGCUCGAUAAUUAUCCAACCUCCCGAAGCUUUCCAGGAGGCCGUGGCGGCGCGCGGGGGGCUCUUGCUCAGCAGGGGCUCGGAUGGCAGCAGGGGGAAGGCAGAGCCCGAGAGCCGGGCUGCGGCGCCAGACCCCGGCCCGGAGAGGGAAGGCGCAGCUCUCGCCCGAGGCCUGAUGGAGAAACCAGCCUUAGAGGAGGAUUCGGACGCCAAGCGUGGGCCUCCCACCGCCCCCAAGCCGAGGAAGCUGCCGCCCAAAACACCAUCUCAGCCGUCUGCCACCUUCCCGGCCAGCUGUGCCACCGCCGAAAAGCCGAACCCAGGGCACCUGGACCCUAAGGAGAGGGAGAAGGCUCGCCGGGAGGCGUUAGAGAAGCUCGGGCUCCCUCAGGAUAAAAGGGAGCCCAAUAUCCCCCUUAAAGCUGUUACUUCGCCCAAACCAAAAGAGGCGCCUGGAGCUGCGAGGAGGGACAACGGCACCAGUGAGGACGCGGCUGCCAUCACGGCUGCCGGAAGCCCAGAGGAGCACCAGGUGCUCCGCGGCCCAACAGAGAGGGUCGCCCCGGGCGCGAGACAGGUCAGCUUCAAGUCCAACACCCUGGAGCGCUCCGGCGUGGGGCUCAGCAGCUACAUCUCCAGCAAGGACCAGAGCGUUAAGAGCAGCAGCUCGCUCGGCAAGAUGUCCUUCAUCGAGAGGAUAGCGCCAAGCUUCCUCCGGAGCAGCCGCCCUCGCCCGGCCUCCCUCGGGACGGGGAAAGACUUUGCCAGCCUCAAGGAGCCCAACAACGCGGAGCUGGAGAAAAGCAGCAAGCGGAGAUCCCACCCGCUGCCGAGCUUCUCCAAGCCGGCCCGCUCCUCCUGCGUCAGCGUCAAGAUCUCCCCCAAGGGCGCCACCGAAGAGCACAGGCGAGAGGCUCUCAAGAAGCUCGGCCUGCUGAAGGAGUAGCUCCCGCUCGGCGCCCUGGAGCGAAGCGUGAGGCCAUGGUAGCAGAGCCUGUCGCCCCGAUCCCGGCCCCUCGGCCACCUUUCUUCCUGCGGACAACUACGAGCGUCCCCGGCUGACGGGAUCCCUUGCCCCUAGCCUCUCGGGGGGGACGGACCUGAGCUGAUGCUGCCACCAGAGGUGUUCAGAGCUUCUUGCCAAAUAAAGUCACAUCACACGUACAUCACGCUUUGUAUAUAGCAUGUGUAUACAAGUUAUUUAUAUAAAACAGCAGGUAGCGUGCGCGGGGACACGUAUUCCCCUGCACGGCCGGGAAUGCAUCCGGGGAUCGGCCGCAGUGGGGAAGCUAUGGAUUCUGGGACGGGGCUUAUUGUAAAGACGGUUGCCUACGGAUAAAGCCUCCCUGCAACGAGCUGCAGGACUCCACCGCCCGCUCCGCGAUCCUGCAGCGGUUUUUCCCGUUUACUUGCUCAAAAGCCUCCGGGGGGCCAAGCGUUCGCCUGCAUCCCAAAAGCCGCAGCAGCGACGCGGGAGCUGUCGGGAGCCGGAGGGGGCCCCCGGCCUCCUCCCGCGGGGCUGUCGCCAGAUCCAGCCCCCCACAACCCCCGAACGUCCCACUUACAGAUAAAUAAGGCCUAUGGACUUUGGUGUUUGUUGUGGAAGGACAGUUAAGAAGCGACAGCUCGUGCUACGCGGCAGAAUCAGAACCGCUGCCCGGAAGGAGGGAGAGAUGAAACCCGGAGGCAACGCUGACUAUUUUCUUCCCUUUCAAACCUCGUAUUUGUUUUUUUAAUACCCAGCUGAUGCUGUCAAAUUUCACACCGUGCACCUUUUACAACAAAGGUGUGUUUUAUUUCUGCAAUAAACUUUUAUAUGAUUAGAAAAAUGACUGUCUAACGGCAGAGUCACCCUUGCGUUGCAGUCAAAGUGCCGGUAAACGGACGCGCUUUAACCUUAAACGUCUCCCAGAGCCGGGGAGCAAGCGCCCUGCUCUGCGCCGCCGGGCUGAUCUAAACCCUCCCAACGCCAUAAGCGGGUGCGAAAGUCCGACGCGGCUCUGCCGGCCGGGCUAGCACAG